AGCAGGCCAAGGCAGGUGCUGAGCGCGCAAUCAGUCAGGCUGUGGCCCUGUCCGAGCGGGUGGUUCCCGACGGGUAGGGACGGAGCCGGUUGCAGCUGGGCAGGGCAGCUGCGGCCAGGAGGUCGCUUCUCCACGCAGAGCCGUGGUCUCAGCUGUGUAGCCGGAUUGGCUUGGAACUCACCAUCUCCAGCCUAAGCCAGUCUUGCUGGAGCUUGAAGAUGCUGAAAGAGCGUCUGGAGAUGGCAGAAGAUCCUCAGCAGCAGAUGGGUGCUCCAGUGGUGAAGCUGGAGAAGGAGCUGCCGUGGAGCCGGGGAGGGGAGGACCCAAGUCCUGAGACGUUCCGGCUGAGGUUUCGGCAGUUCCGCUACCAAGAGGCUGCUGGUCCCCAGGAAGCUCUCAGGGAGCUCCAGGAGCUCUGUCGGCGGUGGCUGAGGCCUGAACUGCACACCAAGGAGCAGAUCCUCGAGCUGCUCGUGCUGGAGCAGUUCCUCACCAUCCUGCCCCGAGAGUUCUACACCUGGAUCCGAGAUCACAGCCCAGACAGUGGCAAGGCUCUGGUGGCCAUGGUGGAGGACCUGAUGGAGAGCACACCUGAGGCCAAGGCGGUCCCGUGCCAUGCCCAGGGAGAGCAGCUGGUCACAGCCCUUGGCGGAGGAUCUUGGCAAUCAAGCAUCCACUUGGGGCCAGUGGAAGUCAAACCCGAGUGGGGGAUACUUCAGGGGGAAGGAGUUCAAAGCUUAGGCCCAAGCACUGCAGAACAGCUGAGCCAGGGCCCUGGAGAUGGGACACAGGCCUUCCAGGAGCAAGCACUGCCCAUUCUUCAUGCGGGUCCAGGUCUUCCCUCUAUGAGCACCAGAGACCAAGAGCUUGCUGCUGGGUUCCUUGCAGCAACAUCCCAGGGUCUGGGGCCAUUUAAAGACAUGACUCUGGCGUUUCCUGAAGAGGAAUGGAGGCACGUGGCCCCCGCUCAGAUCGACUGCUUUGGGGAGUACGUGGAGUCACAGGACUGUGGGGUCCUUCCAGGUGCUGAGAACAAGGACAAGGAGGCCAAACCCCAGCAGGAAGACCUGAAAAGAGCGUUUGUUGGGUUGACUUCCGAUGGGUUCGGAGAAGCUGCCAUCCAGGUUCCUGGCCCAGGGGGUGCCUGUGAGCAGGAGCCUGGGGGCUCUGGGGCCAGUUUACCUGGGCUCCCUGUUCCUCAGCAUGGGGUCCCCCUGCCAGAUGCCCUCAAUACCCACAGUUCUUUCUGGAAGCCUUUCCAGUGCCCUGAAUGUGGGAAAGGCUUUAGUCGCAGCUCCAACCUUGUCCGGCACCAGCGAACCCAUGAAGAGGAGAAGUCCUUUGGCUGCGUUGAGUGCGGGAAAGGUUUCACCCUGAGGGAGUACCUCACCAAGCAUCAGAGGACCCACCUGGGCAAGAGGCCCUAUGUGUGCGGUGAGUGCUGGAAGACUUUCAGCCAGAGGCAUCAUCUGGAGGUGCACCAGCGCAGCCACACGGGGGAGAAACCCUACAAGUGCUCGGACUGCUGGAAGGGCUUCAGCCGCAGGCAGCACCUGCUGGUGCACCGCAGGACACACACUGGGGAGAAGCCCUAUACCUGUGAGUGUGGCAAGAGCUUCAGCAGGAACGCCAACCUGGCGGUGCACCGGCGUGCGCACACCGGGGAAAAGCCUUAUGGCUGCCAGGUAUGCGGCAAGCGUUUCAGCAAGGGGGAGCGGCUGGUGCGGCACCAGAGGAUCCACACAGGCGAGAAGCCCUACCACUGCCUUGCCUGCGGCCGCAGCUUCAACCAGAGGUCCAUCCUCAACCGGCACCAGAAGACCCAGCAUCGCCAGGAGCCCCCGGUGCAGUGAGCCUACUGUGAGUCAGCUCUGCCUCCGGGGCGACCCAGGUUGUAACAUGGCCUGGGCAGUGCCCAGUGAGGGACAGCAGAGUGCUCGAGCUAGAGAGGGUCAGCCUGGUGUAUGGAGAGCUUCCAGAGGGACCAGUUUCCUUCACCUGUUGUAGGGAAACAAUCCUGAGCUUCAGUUUUUGUUUGUUUUCUCCCACAAUGGGGUUUGGAACCCACCUCCUAAGCAGGUUUGGAGGUGAGGGCAGAAUUUGGUUGCAUAUUGGCAGCUUGAAGCUCUUUUCUCUUCUUUUUGAGGUAAGGCCUCAUCUUAUCUAAGUUGGUUCCACACUAGCUGUGUAGCUGAAGAUGGUCUUUAACUUCUGAUCCUCUUGCCUCCAUC